AUGCUUCAGGCGGCUGGUGUGAUUAUGACUGGUUUCGGCAUCUAUCUGUUCAAGCCGUACAUCAGGGAUUACUUCCUCAAAGCAAUAAAAGAAAUCGAGAACAACAAAACUUCCGAGUUGAAACAAGCUAUCACUUAUGUCCAAGAUGAGGGUUGUGUUGAUGCAAUCGCCAUCGAAUUGGGAGAGAAUAUCAUUGGAGUUGGAGCCGUCGUCAUUGCGCUUGCAGUCCUCGAAGUGGGCGCCAUAAUGGCCGCCGUAGUUUUGUCGAAAAAAAAUGAAAAGGUGUAA